AUGGGUAAUCCAAUGAUGACUGACAAAGCUCCCAUUAACGUUACAGAGUGGUCUCCAGAGCAUGUUAGAAAAUAUCUUGAGAAGCAUAUGAAGAGUUUGCAUUUUAAAGAGGAUGCUAUUAAUAAGUUACUAAAAAUAUCCCCUGCGUCUGUUGAAGUCAUAACUGCUACCGAAUUCGAAAAAUUCUGUGAAAAUAAUAAAAGGCAAUUAGAAAAGCUUAAUAAAAUAAUGAACACAGUCAUCACUGACAUUGAUCACCUUUCUUCUGAUGUUAAUACAACUAAAGAAGAUAUUAGGGGAAUUAAUGGCUAUUUAAUGAUUUAG